GCAGAGCAAUACUCUCAGUCGCUCUUCUUACACGGGACUGACCAGCUGCCCCUGAAAGAAGAACAGCAAUGGGUUGGCAGGAGCAAGGAUGGCUCUUAUGCGCGAGUUUUCUCGGCUUUGUGGCAUCGGUUCAGAGCAUAACGCGCGACGAACUUUUUCCUUUCGGUCCACACGCAAGAGACCAGUUACUGGAACCAGGGAAUGACCAAACGCACCGACUUGAUCUGGACCAAUCAGUGCUUUUUUAUGACGGCACUUUGGACAGCAUCUUUAUCAACACCAAUGGUUUUGUGGCCACAACAGAGCCGUCGAGCGAGUCGACGUAUCUUGGCAGCAUGCCCCCAGAGUUUGGCAUGAUCGCAGCUCUGGCAGGAGACCUGGACACGAGUGAUGGUGUGGGUAAAGUCUUCUUCCGUCAAGACUCCAGUCCCGGGAUUCUGCAACAGGCAGCUUAUCACAUCAACACAGCCUUCCCUGAUGACGAUGAAGUCGUUCCCACCCAUGCUGUGGUGAUCACCUGGGUUGAUGUCGCCAACCACGAACCUCAAAGCAGCAGCAACAAGAAGAGAAACACCUUCCAGCUGGUCAUUGCUUCCUUUGGGACCGCCUCGUAUGCUAUUGUCCUCUAUCCAAGAGACGGGAUACAGUUUUCCUCCACACCAGCUGAAGAUGGUAAUACAGUCUUGCACGCUGGCUUCAGUAAAGGUGACGUCCAGGGUUUCCUGUAUACCAGUCAGGGACCAUAUCAUCGCACCACCAAUGAUGAUGAGGAAUCCGUGAGGGCUUUAGCAGAGAAAACCAACUCUGGCACGCGAGGUGUGUGGGUGUACGAGAUUGGAACCUCUCCCUACUUUACCAAUGUGGCUGAAGGUGAGGUCACGGAGCUUCCCACCGAGGCCACACCACAGGAGCGCUACGAGGAGCCCGCUGAUGAAAGGAGGCCUGAGUAUUCUGGCCAACAAGUGGAGUACCCUCCUUAUGUGCCAGAUGGGGAACAGAUUGAAGUCCAUUCGGUUCAGUACCAGCCGCUUCAGCCCCAGAACCCAGAAGUGGUGGUGGUUGACGACACAGAUAUCGAUGUAGAUGUGUUUUCAUACAACCUCGGCUCGUGUGCAAACAAUAGAAAUAAGUGCUCCCAGUUUGCUGACUGCAAGGACUACCCCGGUGGAUACUGCUGCCAUUGCAGGCCUGGCUUCUAUGGAAAUGGGAAACAGUGUGUGGCAGAAGGGAAGCCACAGAGGACAAAUGGUAAGAUCCACGGGAGAGUGUUUGUGGGAAACUCUCGUACUCCAGUGGAGUUCAGCAGCAAUGACCUCCACUCGUACGUUGUGGUAAAUGAUGGCCGAUCCUACGUCGCCAUCAGUGACAUCCCUGAUUCUGUCGGGCCCUCGCUGCAGCCCCUGGCGGCUAUCGGCGGUGUCAUCGGGUGGUUGUUCGCUCUGGAGCAGCCCGGCUUCAAGAACGGCUUCAGCAUUAUUGGGGGGGAGCUCACACGGCAGGCUGAGGUGACCUUUCUGCCUGGGAAUGAGAAACUGACCAUCAAGCAAGACCUCAAAGGCAUUGACGAGCAUGACCACCUCGCGUUAAGCACCACCCUGGAAGGCCAGGUCCCUGAGGUGCCCCCUGGCUCCACCGUCAAGAUCAGUCCUUACUCUGAGAUCUACCAAUACAGCAACAACUUGAUCACCUCAUCCUCUACUCGGGAAUACUCGGUGACCUUGCCUGACGGAUCCACUGAAACUAGGAAGUAUCAGUGGCGUCAGACCAUCUCCUUCCAGAGCUGCCAGCAUGGCGAUGCUUUGAGGGACAUGAAGUCUACCGAGAUGCUGAGCGUGGACCAAGUUAUGGUCUUGUAUGAAGCCAGACAUCAACUCAUCCGCUUCGCCAUGACCAACAAGGUCGGAGACAUAAACGGAGGACAGCCAGAGGAGAACCCAUGUUACACCGGAAGACACGGCUGUGACACCAACGCUGUUUGCAGACCGGGACAAGGAAAGGAGUUCACCUGCCAGUGCGCUACUGGUUUCAAUGGUGAUGGUCGCUCAUGUUACGACAUCGAUGAGUGCAGAGAGAAUCCUCAACUCUGCGGCCCCCACGCUAUCUGCAACAAUCAGCCCGGGACUUUCCGCUGCGAAUGUGAAGAUGGGUACCAAUUCGGCAGUGAUGGGCAGACGUGUGUUGCGGUUAACCGCCCCGUGGACCCGUGUGAGGAAGGCACCCAUGACUGUGACAUCCCUGAGCGCGCUCAGUGCAGCUACACCGGAGGCUCGUCCUACAUCUGCUCCUGCCUAUCGGGGUACCUAGGGGAUGGUAGAGUCUGCCAAGACGUGGACGAGUGCCAGACAAGCAGGUGUCAUCAGGAUGCUGUGUGUAUUAACACCCAGGGAUCGUUUACCUGCCAGUGCAGGCCCGGUUACCAUGGCGACGGCAUCUACUGUUCUUCAGAGAGGCCAAAAACACUGUGUCAGACCCACAGGGAAAGGGUCCUGGGUGGUGUUCCACGGGGCCCCCGGCCUCCUAUUGGCCUAUACGUCCCUUCGUGCGAUGAGAAUGGGGAAUAUGAACCGAUGCAGUGCCAUGGCAGCACAGGGCAAUGCUGGUGUGUGGACCGAAAUGGACAGGAGCUCCCUGGGACUCGCUCUAGAGCUGGCUUAAGACCCAGUUGCAUUGACCACAAUACUGUGACGCCACCUGUUGGACCCCGACCUCGACCCGACGUGGACUCUCUGCCCCCUGGAACACAUCUGUUGUUUGCCCAGAGCGGCCGGAUAGAGCACGUCCCACUGGAGGGCAAUGAUAUGAAGAAGGACGAUGCCAAGGCUGUCCUCCAUCUCCCUGAGACUGUAAUUAUUGGCGUGGCCUAUGACUGCAAGGAGAAAGAGGUGUACUGGACAGAUAUCAGUUCUCCCUCGAUCAGCAAGGCCAGCAUCAAUGGAGGAGAACCCACUGCUGUCAUUAUAUCAAAUUUGGUCAGCCCAGAGGGUAUCACCAUCGACUACUUGGGGCGCAAGAUGAUCUGGACUGACUCUGGGAUGGAUCACAUCGAGGUGGCGUCUAUGGACGGGUCUCAACGACGUGUCAUCAUAAACUCUGACCUUGUCAACCCCCGUUCUAUUAUCACAGACUCUACGGGUAACCUCUACUGGGCUGACUGGAACCGCGAGGCCCCCAAGAUUGAGACAUCAUACAUGGAUGGAUCCAACAGACGGGUGCUGGUUAAAGAUGAUCUGGGCCUACCAAAUGCCCUGACUUAUGACUCCCUAAGCUCCAUGCUCUGUUGGGCAGACGCAGGCACACAUAAACUGGAGUGCAUGAAUCCUAGCCGGGGUGACCGCAGUAGGGUGUUGGAGGGGGUUCAGUAUCCAUUUGCAAUGACAUCAUUCGGGAAGAACAUCUACUACACAGACUGGAAAAGGGAUGCCAUCGUUGUAGUGGACCGCUACGCUAGCAGGGAGUCUGACGAGUUCCAGCCACAGAAACGGACCAAGCCAUAUGGGAUCGCCACAGCAUAUUCUCAGUGUCCUUCAGGAAACAACUACUGUGUUUCCGACAACGGAGGCUGCACUCACUUAUGUUUAGCAACACCGAAUGGCCGCUCCUGCAAGUGUCCCGACAACGCAGUGGGUUGUGUGGAGAGAGAAUAAGGAUACUGAAGAGACGGAGGCUCUGAGAGUUCGACACUGUUCGGAGGUUUGACCCCCAAAUUAGGAGCCACUCAGCGUUACUCAAUUCCAACUCCUGAAAAUGCCAUUGAAAACCAGAGGGGAACUUACCGUGCCUUUUAUUGCUCAGUGUUAAUCUUAUCUACAAUUUAUUUUUACAGGUCCCAUUUAUAAAAAUCACAAUCGCCUUUGAGAAUUGUAAAUACAAACACUAUUACUGUUUUUUGGUUUUUUUUCCUGAGUGCACAUAAACCAAGGGACACAUAAUCUAAUGUGAAAUCAAUCACAGCUAUGCAUGACUUCCUCAUGUGUUACACUGUGGCACGUAUAAAUUAUCUCAUGGAACUAUUAUUGUGAAAUUGGGUGGAAACGGUUUGUACACGCUGGUGGGACGAGUUUACAUGCUGGGCAGCAAAAAAAGAAUAAACUUUUUUUUCUAA